AGAAAAUACAAUCAACUGUCUUGUAUGUAAAUGUUAAUGUGCUAAAUAUUGGACAUUAAACCGAUUUGUCAAUAAAUAGUCUUUUGACUUUUUAACAAUAUAGCGAAGGGUGGAGCCGCUUACGCGAAAUUUUCAUCAGGUGUGCACCAUAGAGGGUGUGGACCUUGAUGUCUCCCAGAGAUUUGCUGAAAGUUUAACACACUAAUGGAGUGAAAAGCAUUUUGCGUCUUUUCAGCUGUAGAAAAAUGGAAACACAAAACCGAGAAACUUGCAUUGAGGAGCAGCUUUAUAAUGGUGCACAACAUGAGACUGGAACAGAGACUUCAAACAGAACAGGUAAUGAGCAAAAAGACAUAAAUGAAGCAAUGUGCAAUAAAACCUCUCGCAAAAAGGCAACAAUACAAGAGAAUAUUUCUGCUCAGGAUGAUGAUGUUGAUCCUGAGAGUUUACGACCUCGAGCAAAAAAGCAUUGCAAAGGAGGAAAAGCAGCAACCAAGAGGAAAACAUCCAUAGUCUCAGUCCAAGAUCACGUGGCAGAAGGCACGGAGCACAUGUUUCGCACUCAUAUAUGUACAGAAUGUCGGCGUUGCUUCAAGACACGCUCUCACCUGAUGGAGCACAUGCGUCUGCAUUUUCCCGACCCCAGCCUGCAGUGUCCCACCUGCAAGCGCUACUUUACCAGCAAAAGCAAGCUGAGGAUUCACAUGCUGAGAGAGUCUGGUGAGAAGCUGCAUCGUUGUCAGCUGUGCGAGUAUGCUGCCGUGGAACGUAACACUCUGCAUCGCCACAUCGCCAGUGUGCAUGGCCAUCAAGGAGAAACAGAUGCUCACCAAGAUCUCUAUACCUGCCCCACUUGUCAAAAGAGCUUUAACCAGAGUCAGGCAUUAAAGAGUCACAUGAAGUCUCAUCAUCUAACGCAAAACGGGCAGCCGCUGCCAUGCUUCUACCAAGGUUGUUCCUUUCAGUCCACAGAUAAGAAGCUGCUCCAGAAGCAUGUGUUAGAUGCACAUGGCAUCAAGGCCACAGAGUGUCAGCAUCAUGCCUGCUGUGCACUGUUCGGAAGCAAAGAAGAUAUGGAGGUUCAUUUGCGUACACAUCAAGCCUUUCAUUGCACACAGUGUGAUUUCUCAUGUUCCAACAAGAGCCGUUUCCAGCAGCACAAAAGACAGGGCCAUCCUGGAGAGGCACAGCUAAGCUGUAGCUUCUGUCCUUUUACCACUUUUAAUCCAGUGGAAUUUGAACAGCAUGUAGGACAUCUUCAUGCCAAUGAGAAAACACACAAUUGCUCCGAAUGCAGCUUUACGACUGCUCACAAGAGAGUCCUUAAAAGACACAUGCUGGUGCAUACUGGUGAAAAGCCACACAAAUGUUCAUUGUGUGAAUUUAGAUGCCGGGAUGAAACGUAUCUCUCAAAACACAUGCUGACACACUCUGAAGACAAACAGCAUAUGUGUUCAGAAUGUGGUUAUGUCACCAAAUGGAAGCAUUACAUAAAUGUCCAUAUGCGCAAACACACCGGUGAUCUCAGGUACAAAUGUAACCAGUGCAUGUAUCGUUGCCACCGGAUUGACCAGCUGAACAGCCACAAGCUCCGUCAUCAAGCAAAAACCCUAAUCUGUGAGGUCUGUGCUUACUCCUGCAAGAGAAAAACUGAACUUCUUAAGCACAUGCAGGUCAAACAUGCGAUUGGUAAAGACCACCAGCCUUCGCUUUUCCAUUGCAAGUUCUGCCCUUACACAACAAAGUAUCGCCAAGCUCUACGCAACCAUGAAAAUACCAAACACACUCGAACCAGGGAGUUUCGCUGUGCCCUCUGCCCCUACACCACGUUUAGCAAUACUUCGCUCUUUCUGCACAAGCGGAAGGCUCAUGGGUACAUUCCUGGUGAUGUGAAGUGGUUGGAAACAUAUGCGGAGAAACAGAGACAAAACAGUUCUAUGAAUGUGAUUCAAGACUUUUACUCUGGUGUUGAAGAGUCCUCUGGAGGACAAGAGGAUUCUUGUACUGAUUCAAAAAACACUAUGCAGGAAGAGUCGCAAAAUAUGAAUAAUAAUGCCCAAAGUCUCAAUAGCCGUAAAACAACAAAUGUAUCAGAAAAUGUAAGUACUGUAGAACAGCAGGUCAGUUCUGAUGCUAAUGCAUUUGGAGAGGAGAUGAGCAAUGUCACUGAAGAUCAAUCACUUACCCAGUUAACCUUAUUAACAAACACUGAAAAUGCCCACAGAGGACCCUUAGAAAACCAGGAAACCACUUCCACAGAUAUCCCAGUUGGUGACUCACCAAGGUCUCAUGACAAAUAUGAAGCUUCUCAGAUCCAUAAUGAACCUGUAAGUGUAGAAGAGGAUUGUGUUUCAGACUGUGAUGAAGACAGUGUUAUCGAAGAGGCAGCACCAAACCAAGGAAAUGAGAUCUUGACCGUAGAAUCUCUAACUUCAGCGGCCCAACAAGCAGUUUCCUCAGAGGCUUCCUUAGCUGAGGCAGCAUGUCCAGACACUCUGCUCCAGGUUAUGAGGAAACAAGACAAAGACCAAGCCAAAGCUCUGAUUCUGGAGGGUCGAGUGCAAAUGUUGGUAGUCCGGACCCAGGACAACAUCUAUAGAUGUGAUCGCUGCUCUUAUGUGACCCGUAAGCAUGCAGCCUUAUCACGUCACUGCAGAUCAUCCUGCCCGGUCAUGAAAGCAGCACUUCAAUGCCAGGAUUGUGGUUUACACUUCAAACAAUUACGCUCCUUUAACACCCACCGUCUCAGAAAGUGCCAUGCACUGCAAAAGAACAAGAGACUGCUUUCUGCUUCAACAGAUCCAUGUGAGGAGAAUGUGCCAAAGUCCAAGGCACCUACAAGAGCAAAGACUGUCCAAGAAGAAGAAAAAACACGAAUUCAUUCUUCUCUAACUGAUUCCACGAGCAUGGAGAUUCAUGAAUCCUAUGAUUACCAGGAAGAGGAUGGUCGAUUCAGCUGCAUAAAAUGUUCAUUUUCAUGUAAUAGAAAAGCUGCGAUUGCUCGCCAUUGCACAGCCUGCUCCAAAAACACAAGUAAAAGAUCCCUGACUGUAAAUGAAGCAGCAUCUGAAGUAGAUAAAGACCAAAGUGAGAAAGACAUGGAGCUGGAACUACAAGUCAAAGAAAACCAAGGCGACUCAGUAGAUACAAUGAAGUCUAAAAAACGCUUUUCCUGUUCAGACUGCCCAUUUGUGUGCCAGCAGAGAAGGGCAUUAACAAGCCAUGCGAAACGGGGCUGUUUAAAGCCUGGGGAGAUCCAGUGCCAGCAAUGUUCGUUUGUAGCUAAAUCUGAGAUAUCACUGAGUCAACACAACCUGGUUCAUGGUAAAGAUAAGAGCCGUAAGCAUAGCAAACAAACUCAACUUUCUUGCAAGCUUUGCUGUUUCACCUGCAAGCAGGAGCGCCGUAUGAGUCAGCAUAUUGCACUGAAGCAUGAGGGGGUUCGCCCAUUCUGCUGUCGCUUCUGUGAAUUCAGCACAGCGCGGCGUCACCGCCUAGCUGCUCAUGAGUCCAUGCACACAGGUUUAGGCAGGCAUCGAUGUGAUCUGUGUCAUCAGACUUUUGGGACCUCUUCCAAGCUGCGGCUGCAUCGCCAGCGAAUUCAUGACAAGCAAGCCACCCACUUUUGCUCUCUGUGUGAUUACAAAGGCUACAAUCCAACUGACAUCAGCCGCCACACUCUCAGCUGCCACACCGGUGAACUGAGCCAUACAUGCAGCCAGUGUGGUUACUCCUUCAGCUCUGAAAUUGCCUUUAAACAGCAUUGUAAACGAGUACACCACACUGCCAAGAGCCACUGCUGCGCUCAGUGUAGUUUCAGCUGUAACAGUGAUGCUGUCCUUAAAGCACACGUGCAAAGUAAACAUCCUCAAAAUGAGAAAACCGCUUUAUUAGAAACUGAUUCUCAUGCUCAGCACAGCAAGGUAUCAGUCACCCAGCAAUGUCCAGAUUGCCCUUUUACAUCAGCAAAGAAGCUGUCACUCAUCCAGCACAUCUUAGAUGAACAUGAGAGUGGACAUGAUGAAAGAAAUAUUCUCAAGUGUGAUAUCUGUGGCUUUUCCUGCUUCCAUCAGUUGGUAUUUGAUCAGCAUGUCCGGUCACAUGGAGGAACCUGUCUAUUCAAGUGCACUGAAUGUGACUUCUCUACGCGGAACAGACAGAAAAUCACUUGGCACAUUCGUAUUCACACAGGAGAGAAACCAUACCGGUGUGAAAAGUGCAGCUACGCCUGUGCAGAUCCUUCUCGUCUGAAGUAUCACAUGAGGAUUCACCAGGAUGAGCGCAAAUAUCUUUGCCCAGAAUGUGGGUACAAAUGCAAAUGGGUUAACCAGUUGAAGUAUCAUAUGACAAAACAUUCAGGAACAAAAUCGUAUGCAUGUGAAGAAUGCGAGUACCGCACAAACCGUGCUGAUGCACUACGUGUCCAUCGUGAAACACGCCAUCAAGACACUCGCUCUUUUAUCUGUGAAAAGUGUGGCAAAGCUUUUAAGACGCGCUUCUUGCUCAAGACACACCAGAAGAGGCACAGUGACGAGCGGCCCUAUGUCUGUUCCGAGUGCCAGCGAGGAUUCCGCUGGCCAGCCGGUCUUCGGCACCACUUCCUUAGCCACACCAACCAGCUCCCAUUUUGCUGUCUCCAUUGCUCCUAUCGUGCCAAACAAAAGUUCCAGGUGGUAAAGCAUUUACGGAGACACCAUCCAGACAAGUCUGUGCAGAACGGUGUCGCUAAAGACCCUAACAGUUCCAAUGUCCCACUGCAAAAGGCCCGACUUGGGCCAAAAAAACGAGGGACACAGGGGGGGAGUACUGACAAUGACAAAUGACAAGUUUUACUAGUUGAAGUAACAGUGUUGUUUAUAAUACAGUGGUGUGCAUUUCUACAGUGAUCCUGUAUAGCAGUGUUGGCAUGAACAUUUAUUGAGUCACGACCAUCAUUUUGAAAUAUGGUUUGAGGGAACUUUGGUAGCACAAUUACUUUGUGCCAUAAAUAAACAUAAUUUGUUUAUCUAAAGUGAGUGAUUUAAAAUGGGAACAAAAAAGGAACGGUCUGAGCACAACAUACAAAAUGCACACCUUAAGCAUUUAUUCCUUCUAUUUGAAAGAAGAACAGAAAAAAAAUUUAAUGUGCCAAAACUAGAUGAAAAAAUCAUAGGAAUUACAGUCACUAAAAUGUAUGGUAAAAAAUAUAAUCCCUUACAGGAUAAUAUUUCUACUAAUUAUAACAUUAUAUUUUAAAAGAAACCAAAAAGCACUAUUAUAACAAAAAAAAUUGCAUUUCUUGGUAAUAAGUCGACCUUUAUAAAUUUUAUGCAUUUUAUCUGUUAUUCUUUCAUAUAUAUGUACUAUAAGUUUGAUUAUUUAUUUAGACAAUGUGUUUUCAUUGACUUCAUUUCGACAAAAAUCUAAUUCCAUAAGACUGUUCUGCAAAAUGGCUGUGGUACGGCUAACACUGAACCAGUUUAGCAUGGAUCCACAAGCUAUACUAAAUGGGUUUUAAAAGGAAACAUCAUUAAUAUUGUGUAUUAAUAAAGUAACCAUCAAUAUUUUUUUACUAAACAAAUGGUAUAUGUAUAAAAUAAUAAUUUUGUGGUGGCAGUAAAGCUCCAUUAGGAAUAAGCUUUUAAUGAUGUAAUGAUCUUAAAAAUCGUCCAAACAGGCCAACAUAUUCUAUUAAAGAUUUAUUUUAUUUUAUGGAUAAGGAAAGUUUUGACAUAACUAAGUUUUUGAGACCUACUUUUUUGCGGUUGUUUCUUAAUUUCUGUCUACAAGAAUGUGAUCAGGAUCACCUUUUUCCAAUUACAAAUGUAUAAGUCUGUACCACUCCACACCCCUCGCUCUUAUGUCUGUUU